GUGAAAAAAAUAUCUUUCCACAACCUUUUUUAAAUAAAAUAUAUUAAAAUCCAAAUCCAUCUGUAGGUAUUUUAAAACAACCCUUGCCUAAUUAUUUUAUUUCCAGAUCACAGCCUUUACCAGAUGACUCUUCAGGUAAAAGUGGAGCAAAGUUCUAUCUUAGCUACGACAGAAUUUUCAUAAUCAAAACCCUGACUUCCGAAGAAGUGGAAAGAAUGCAUUCUUUUUUGAAACAUUAUCACCCUUAUAUUGUGGAAAGACAUGGUAAAACUCUUCUUCCACAAUACCUAGGGAUGUAUCGACUAACUGUUGAUAAUGUGGAACAUUACAUCGUCGUAAGUAGGAAUGUUUUCUCAAACCAUCUCAGCACACACAGAAAAUUCGAUCUGAAAGGAUCUACGGUAGACAGAGAAGCCUCAGAAAAAGAAAAAGAAAAAGAACUACCUACUUUGAAAGAUAAUGAUUUUGUUAAUGAGCAAAUGAAGGUAUCUAUUGGAGAAGAAGCGAAGUCCAAACUAAUGGAAACAUUAACUGCAGAUGUUGAUUUCUUGACAAAAUUACAUUUGAUGGAUUAUAGUCUUCUAUUGGGCAUUCAUGAGGUUGAAAGAGGAGAACAAGAACUUCAGAGGCAGAGAGAGCUUGAAGCUGAAAACCCCCAAGAGUCCGAUGAGAGUGAAUCUGGCUCUGGGUUGGAAAACAGGGCAAUGGGUGUCACCACCCCUCCAGAUUCGCCUAAUGUAGUUGGCCAACUCCUUCGAGAGCACAGCUUGCAAUACGAAGGUAAAUUCAACAAAAUUUACCAGUAUUUAGAAGUAGUAACAGGCGGCAUAAUACCAGAUCUCGACAUAUAUGCCAUCCCGAGCUCUGAGACAGCCCCAGUUAACGAAAUCUAUUUUAUAGCCAUUAUCGAUGUGUUAACCCAUUAUGGAGUUAAGAAGCAAGCUGCUAAGGCUGCUAAAACUGUCAAAUAUGGUUCAAAUGUAGAUGGUAUUAGUACAUGCGAUCCAGAUCAGUAUGCUCGACGUUUCAUUGAUUUCAUGUCAAAAGCCAUUGAAUGAAAAAAUGUGUGACUAUAUCUCUGGCAGAGGUUACAAUUCGCACAUUAAAGACUGGGUUACAUUUUAUUGCUUAAAUUGAAAAUCAAUCUCUUCGUGUUUCGCAAACACACUGAUUGCUUUUCUGGAAUCGUUUAUUAUCUACUUCUGAACAAUAGUGUGAAUUCUAGUCUAUUAAAAAAUAAAUUACUACUUAUGAAGCCUGAAACUUUUUUCUGAUAUUGGAGAUUGUCAACAAAAUAUUAGUUGAUGAUUCAUGCAGCAGGCCACUGGUUGUUUCUACAGUUUUCUUACUAUAUGAAAGUAAUAUCAAUCUAGAACAGUCAUUUGUAGAAGUUUCAUGUUAGGGAAUAUUCUUUGAUUGCAAAAAUGAUAUUUGAAAUACGAAUAUCAAUUAAAUAUAUAAUCACAGUCUGCCAUUCAAUUGUAAAUCAAGUGAAUAGAAUGCAAGUUAAAAAAGAGAAAAGAAUAAAUAUUUCUAAUAGAAACCAUUGAAAAUGUUAUAAUAAUUAUUUUUGUUUGCCAUUUACCAUUGUGUUAAAUGAUAUCAGACAUGGUAGAAUAAUUUUUUGCAAAACCAGCCAAAAAAUUGAAUUUUCUAUUCUUUUUCAAUAUUGUAUUAGUGGUUUAUUACUGUAAUUAUUCUUAUAUCUAUAAGUUCAUUGUGGCACAUUGUCAACAAAAUAUCAUCAUGAAACAGAGCUUGGAUUCAUUACAUUUUUGCAGUCUUCACAAAUACCAAGAGAACAUCAAAAAUUAUUUUGAAUAAUUCAAAUUUCUAAUUCAUUGUAAUUUAAAAUACAAACAGAACCAAAAAUCUAUAUUUCUUUUAAAUGUUCUGAAUUGAAACUAUUUCAAAUAUAUUGUAUAUAUGAUAUGAUAGGGUGUCUAAGGUAUGUAUAUAAAUUAUGAUGAGUUUAUUAUUUUAGUAAUAAACGUAUUAUAUUUCAUUAAUAUAUCUGUUACUAAUAACUUCCAAAUAGGAUAUUUGAUAUUAAAUAUGGAUUAUGUAUUUUUUUA